UGGACUUGGAAUACAUUACCCAGACAUCUUUGCGUGGAAUCAUUUCAACAUGGCGAGCUCCUCGACUCAUGUGGAUGAUGUUGUUCGUAGCCUUGGAGAAUGUCUCCUGCCACUUGGCUAUGAAGCGUAUCCUAUCAAGAUUGGAUGGUACAAUGGGAUCGUGUCCCCAUCGUUUCACCUCCCAUACCCCGAGGACACGCUCGCUGUGGUGGUCUUGAGCGCACCUGGUAUGUUUGAGAAGGCAUUCAUACCUUUCCUACAGAGCAACUCUGGUGGCGGGCUCCGUGACUACAUAGACCAGUGUACUGCACACUGUAUCAAAUCCAGUGUCACCAGGUGCUUCCCUGACGAGAAGAUAGACAUCAGUUAUGACUAUGAGACACAUUUUAACAGGAAGCCCAAGUUUCUGGCCCAAACUGCUGCCCAUGUAGCAGGAGCAGCAUACUACUACCAGCAGUCAGACGUUCCUGACCAGCCAUGGGGCACAAAGAAAAUGUUUGGUGUGUGCAUCCACCCCAGACUGGGGGGCUGGUUUGCCAUCAGAGCUCUGCUAGUCUUCAGGCGUGUGCAAGUUAGGCCAGAGCUGAAGCGGCCGGUUCCCGUGGACUGUGUCCAAUCCCGGGAAGAGAGGAUUGAGCUCCUGGAGAGGUUUAACCUGCGGUGGCAGGACGGCACGUACAGGGACAUCAUCCCCGUCGAGGAGCGCUACUCCCAGCAGCAGAAGGAUUACUUUUGGACUCCUCCAGCAGAGCGCAUCACUCUGCUCAGGCAGUGGGGCUACGUAACAACAGAGAACGACUCGGAGAAUCUGGGCACUGAGCUCAGUCAAAGUUGAGAAACUGAGAGAUGUAUAUUUGUGCUUGCGUACGCUUAUUUAUUGUCAAUGCAUGGUUACUGCCAAAAAGCUCUCUUGCACGUCAUACUAUGCUCACCAUGGAUCGUGGAUCUAAAAGCCUCGAUCAGUGGCUACACUAAAACGUGUAUGAACUCUAACGUAAAAUAAUAUCUGUGUAUGGUAUUUCAUUAUUCAGGGGAAUUCCAUCAACACUGUGGAAGUUAAUGGUCUUGCCUAAGGAUGUUGUGACAGCUUGAAGUAAUAGAAGAAUUAUACUAAUACUAUACAGAAUACUAAUACUGAUGUCAGCCUUAUAAUUGCCUUAUUUCCUCAGGACCAGAAAGUGUGUUGGUUGAUCUAAAGUGCCACCUAGUGGCUAGGUAGUGAAUAGCAGGCAGAACUGCUAAAUGGAAUAUAUUCCACUUGAACAUCAUGCAAUAAUUAUACCUUUUUACUCAGGAUCCAGUUUGGGAAAAUAGAGUAGUCUUAGUGUUCAGUGCUAUCUACACCUGAAGAAUCUUGAAUUUUGUUUUUGUUUGUUUCGUCUAUGUGGUUUAAAAUAAACAAAGCUUUGUUUA